AUGCCUUCUUCAGACACCAGUCGGCCUUGUAAGCGGUGCAAGGCCGAAGGCGCCGCUUUCCUCCUGCGGACAGACCCAACAUGCCGUGAUUGCUACAUCCAAUAUGUCGCUUAUAAACUGAACAAGCGUCUUGGUACACUUCAUAAAGACAUUCGCUCUUCAAAGAAGCUCACUACUCGAAGAUACCUGGCCGGCUUAUCCUUUGGGCCUUCAUCUAGCGUCCUGGCCCAGUUGCUCAGCGAGCAGGCUCGCCAUCACUCAGAGAACAAGGCAUCUUCACCAUUUGAGCCCGUGAUUAUCCAUAUCGAUACUGAGUUAUCACAUAUUGAGGGAGAAUCUCCUGCUAAGAAUCUCCUGGAAGAGUACCGUCGUGUAUUGCCAAAUGCUGCGUUCGAGUGUGUCCCUCUAAAGGACGUUCUCUCUGUGAAGAGCGUCGACUGGUCAACUCUACCCCUCGACGGUGUCACACCAGAUGAUGAUCCAAACGCUCGCCUUCAACGACUUUUCAAUGGUUUACCUACAUUGACCUCGCGAACAGAUCUUCUCCGUCAGCUUAUUCGUCACCUACUUCUCCAGAAAGCCCAGGAGCACUCAUGCUCAGCGCUUCUCCUCGGUCACAGCACAACAGCACUCGCAGCCUUGACACUAUCAGAGGUCGCCAACGGUAGAGGAUUUGCAGUUCCAUUACAGGUUGCUGACGGCAUGACAACUGUAUGCACGUACGAGGCAGCUGAGGGCGCCGCCGCCCAGGAGACCGGUCGACUAGAAUUCCCGGUCUACUACCCCCUGCGCGAGAUCUUUCGCAAUGAGCUGGUCCAGUACAUCGACCUUGUUCCCUCAUUAAAGGAGGUUGUUCCCGUCAGCCAAGGAGGUGCCAAGGCCGGAAACAGUGUUGUUUCACACAAGGACUUGAGCAUCGAGGAGGUCAUGACACGAUACUUUGAUAGUGUAGAGGAGGGAUAUGCUGGAAUCGUUGCCAACGUGGUGCGCACAACUACAAAGCUGGACCGAGUUCCUGGAAAGAGUUUCUGCGGAAGCUGCGGUAUGUCACUUGAUGCCGAGGGAGAUUCGCGAUGGGCCGGAGAGAUAGGCGAUGAUGUCGGGGAUGGGCCGGGGGCAGCCGGUGCAGGCCGGCUAUGCUAUGGCUGCAAGCGGUCAAUCCACGGGUAG